UUUUUUUAUUUUUUAUUUUUUAUUUUUUUCUAUCUAGUCUAUAAUCUAUAACAUGCAACAAAAUAGACUUACAAAAGAAGAAUACCGUCAAGCUAAAGAUCUAGAUGCUGCACGUAAAGCUGGUACAGCGCCACCAGAAGUAGAUGAAGAAGGCAAUGAGAUCAAUCCUCAUACCCCACAGUUCAUGUUAAAGGCACCAUGGUAUGUUGAUACCGGUAAAGUGUCUUUAAAACAUCAACGAGCACCAGAAAAACGUAAAGGACCAAAAUUUACUGCUGACGAUAAUUAUUGGUAUGCAAGAGGAAAGAGAGCUGGCCCCGCAGCUACAAAGUAUCGUAAAGGAGCAUGUGAGAAUUGUGGAGCAAUGACGCAUAAAACAAAAGAUUGUGUUGAACGCCCCCGUAAGAAAGGAGCUAAAUGGACAGGAGAAAACAUCAAGGCAGAUGAAAUCAUUCAAGAAGUAGAUUUAGAUUGGGAUGAAAAACGAGAUCGAUGGAAUGGUUAUGAUCCAAGAGAACACGAUAAAGUAAUUGAAGAAUAUAAUAGAGUCGAAGAAGCAAGAAGAAAAGCAAAGGCAUCUGAAUUGGAUAAACAGGGUCCUACAACAACCUCAGAGGCGAAAAAGAUUGCAGGCAUUUCUGAUGAUGAAGAUGAAGAAGAUGAUGAUAAAUAUGCAGAUGGAGCAGAUAUGCCAGGUCAGCAUGUUAAUCAAAAGACAAGAACAACGAUUCGUAAUUUGAGAAUUCGAGAAGAUACAGCCAAAUAUUUGUUAAAUCUGGAUACAGAAUCAGCCUUUUAUGAUCCAAAGACACGUUCAAUGCGUGAAAACCCACUAAAAGACGUACAAGAUGAUACUAUUGGAUACGCUGGUGAUAACUUUGUUAGACAUACAGGUGAAGCACCAGAAUUGGCUAAAGUUCAAUUAUUCGCAUGGCAAGCAGCAGAAAGAGGUAAUGAGAUACAUCUUCAAGCUAAUCCUACACAAGCUGCACUUUUGCAUAAAGAAUAUGAAUCCAAGAAAGAUCAAGUAAGAGAGAGAACACAAAAGAGUAUUUUAGAAAAAUAUGGAGGAGAGGAAUACCUUGAAGCACCACCCAAAGAAUUAUUAUUAGCUCAAAAUGAAAAUUAUGUAGAAUAUUCAAGAACGGGUAGAGUUAUUAAAGGACAGGAAAGAGCAAAAGCUAAAUCUAAAUAUGAAGAAGAUGUGCUUAUUAAUAAUCAUACUUCAGUUUGGGGAUCUUACUGGUCAGAAGGACAAUGGGGAUAUAAAUGCUGUCGAUCCAAUAUAAGAAAUUCAUAUUGUACAGGACAAGCUGGUAUUGAAGCACAAAAAGCAUCUUUACUUCUUAAAUAAAUAUGAUCUAUCAAUUAGAUAGUUUUUAAUCUCUAUGUAUACACUGUAUAUUAUUAGUUUGUGGGAGGGUAAAAAAAAAAAAAAGAGCUUAUUAUUGAGUACUAUGAUGUAAUAUCUAUUAUAAUCAGGUACAAGAUCAUUCGAUACAUUAUAAGAAUGAAUAACGAUAAAUAAAUAGAAAUAAAC